AUGCCAAGAAAUCAAAAUACUGAGCGAUUUGUUGUUGUUCGAGCAGAUAUUGAUGGAAAUAUAUUAGAUUAUGAUAUUGUUGAACAACCUAUUAUUUCAUAUCCUGCGCAACGAACUGCACAGCUUUAUCGAUCCAAAUCAAUUGAACCAACAUCAAGAGUUAAUCGAACACAAAAUAAUAAUUAUGGAGAAGGAAAAAAUAAACAUAUUUCUGUUAAUAAUGAAUCAUUGAAAACAGCAUAUUCGGAUCCAAGUACAAGAACACCACCAAUACGACGUCGAGUUCGUUAUGUUCCUCCAACGCCGACUGUUAAAAUUUUUCAACAAAAAGUUAAUUGGCAUGCAGAACCAAAGAUUAGGUCACAUAAUGAUGAAGCGAUAAGACAAAUUCGGCGUGCACCUAAAAGGAAAAUAUUUGCUCAAAAAUUAUCUUGGAAUACUGAAUCAAAACUUAAUACACAUAAUGAAGAAGCCAUAGAAACAAUUCGUCAUAGAACAAGAUCUCAAAUAUUUGAAGAAAAACCAAAUUGGAAUGUUGAAACAAAAAUUGAUUCACAUAAUGAACAAGUCGUAGAAUCUCUUCGCCAAGCACCAAAACCACGAAUUUAUGAUGAAAAAAUUAAUUGGAAAGCAAAUACAAAACUCGAUACUCAUAAUGAACAAAUUGUUCAAUAUCUUAAAAGUGCACCAAAAUCAACUAUUUAUGAUGAAAAACUUACAUGGCCAUCAAGUACACGAAUUGAUCAUCAUAAUGAAGAAUAUGUUCAAAAUUUAGAACGCGAACGAACAAUACGAGAGCAAACAGCAAAGCUGCGUGUUCAAAGUCUUUCACACGAACACACAGUAAAAGCAGAUAAACCUCGUAUUGAUCAUUAUAAUUCCGACUAUGUAGAACAUAAGAAAAGAAGAAAAUCAGCAAGACUUCCUCCAAUUGAAGAUCGCAAGCUUGAAUGGAAAAAAGAAUCUCGUAUUAGUCAGAGAAAUGAUGAUUAUAUUGGUAGUAUUCAACAAAAACGAUCAGUACCUCUUAUUUUUCGAGAAAAAGUUCAAUGGAAGACAAAAUCGCCACGCAUUAAUGCUCAUAAUGAAGAAUAUCUUGAUAAUUUAAAAGAUCAAAAAAGGCCAAGAAUUGUUAAUCAAUUACCUCCAUGGAGUUCACAAUCAAAAAUUGAUUCAUAUAACGAUAGUUAUGAUCAAAAUUCUAAUUCACGUCUUAAGCCAGUGGUAAAUAUGUUAACGAAAUAA